AUGGAUUCCACAAAACAUAUUGAAUUUCUAAAAGCUUUUGACUCGGAUGACGACGUAGAAUUCGUCGACACAUUCUUCAACGUUGUGCAACACAUUCACGACGAAGAAAGUUUGAAUGCAGCUCGUACAAGGGCGGUCGUCAAUCAUGAUCGCCAAGCCGCACACGACUUAUUGGUACGUGAUUACUUUGCCGAUAAUUGUCUUUAUAAUGACGACUCCUUCGAACGUCGUUUCCGUUUGAAUAAGGCUAUAUUUUUACGUAUUAGUAAUGCUUUAGAAUCUCGUUAUGAUUUUUUCAAACAAAAACCCGACGCUAGAGGAAGAAUGAGUUUUAGUAGUAUACAAAAAUGUGCGGCUGCUCUUAGGUAUUUGGGAUACGGUAUAACAUUCGAUGCAUCUGACGAAUACUUGAAAGUAUCCGAGAGGACCGCCGUUGAAUGUGUAGAUUGGUUUUCUGCAUGUGUUUAUGAGGUUUUUCACGAAGAAUAUUUGCGCAAACCUACUCAACGUGAUAUUGAGAGAUUAUAUUCAGCUCAUGAAGAGAGGCAUGGAUUUUCGGGUAUGCUUGGCAGUCUAGAUUGUACGCAUAUGGCUUGGGAAAAAUGUCCAACUGCAUGGCGUGGUCAGUUCACUCGAGGAGAUAUAGCGAGGUCUAACAACGAUCUUAAUGUUUCUGGCCAAUCUCCACUUUUCAACGAUAUUUGGACUGGCAAAACACCUGAUAUGACGUUCACGGUGAACGGGCACGCGUACAAAUACGAUUACUACAUUGGUGAUGGGAUAUACCCGGAUUAUUCUACAUUGAUGAAGGCAUACUUGGUUCCUCGAAGUGAAAAUGCAAAUGGUAUGUAUCCUAUGUUAGUGGUAGAUGAUUGUGGUGCUGAUGUGGCACCCACCACAUAUGUGAAGAGAAGACAAACUAUCCAAUUUGGUGCUGAAUUCUGGGUUUUUGUUGUUGAUUUCAGCUCCAAAACAAUUUUACUUGUUAGAUCGGCUUUAGGUUUCACGGCUGUUGAUUUUCAACUCCAAGGCAGCUCUACUUGUUACAUAGAUCGGCUUUAG